UAUUUUUAACGUAUUGAUACGUUGCCUGCUCCUUUAAUUUAAUUGGUUAUUAAGGUAUAAAAGAUGUAAAUAAAAUCACCUAUAAAACAUUGCAUUUUAAACCAACAACUCUCCAUAAGUACAGGCCAUCAAACUAGGAAAAGAUAUGAUGAAACAAGUGUUAGUGACCGCCAUUUUCUGUGCUGUUCUAAGUUUUUCUGCUGCUGACAGAAAAAGGUGCUUUUGCAAGGCCGUAGCAGCCGACAAUCACAAUAACGUCUUCCACGAUUUUGGCACCAUCGCAGAACAUCGUAACUGGUUAACUGUCAGUUGCAGACGACUUCACGGCUGUUCUAGUAAAUGCGACCAGAAAGUGAAAGAAUGGGUGUGUAACCACCAAGCGGAGUGCAAAGCAAAGGCUAAGGGCAAGCAUGUUGUUCCUUACUACACUGCCAGUGUAUGUGGACAUGGAGCAGGGAAUAAUCCCCGACCAUGUGGAUGUAACGAGGGCGGAUUCGACAAAACAAGGAGGUGUCAGCUGCAAUGUAUUAGUAAAAUAUUCAGUCAUGGACAUGUUGCAUUUUUAGAGUGUCUAAAUCAAUGCAUCGCAUAGUAAUUUAAAGUUGUAAUGAAUUGUCAAACUGUUAUUUCUCAUACGAGUGAAUGUUAUUUAUCUUUAUGAAAAUGUGUCCAUUGUCGUUGACUAAAUUUUAUUUUUGUGAAAUGAAAACAAAUAAAUGA